AUGACAGUCCCGUUGAACCGAACCGGGUCUGCAGCUAUCAGGUUUCAAGUAGGCACAGGUGAGCGAGAGGGGCUUGGCAGCAACUGCACGCUUUUCACAGUCCUGCGCGCAUAUCUCCGCGACCAGUUCGCGCACGCGCACCGCGCACGCGCAGCUCCCUCGUUCAGUUGCCUGACACUGGCGGCGCUCGUGCGACAAAUGGAGUGGGUGCUCACGGAUGCGCUGCUCGCUCAGAGCAGGGACCCCCGGAGCCUGGUCGGGGCGCUGUGCCGCGGGGAGGCGUCCGCGGAGCGCGUGGAGACGCUGGGGUUUCUCCUCCAGCGGCUGGAGGACACAGACGCGUGCCCGGCCGCGCUGCUGCCGGAGGCGGCGCGGGAAGCGGCGGACGGGGGCGUGGACGCCCGGCCGGGCCGACGCUUCUGGAGUGUCGUGCAGACGGGACUGAGCCAGGCAGAGGACGCGCUCACGCGCAAGAGGGCGCGCUACGUGCUGCAGAGGGCCGUGGAGCUGGCCGCGGCGCUGGGGACCGACUGCACCUGCGGAGGCCCCGCAGCAAACGAUCCACAUUUAUUUUGGUGGCAUGAGAAGAAAAAGGAUGAGCUUCUAAAGUUUUGGGAAAAUUAUAUUUUAAUUAUGGAAACGCUAGAAGGAAACCAGAUACAUGUUAUAAAGCCAGUUUUACCGAAGCUAAAUAAUUUGUUUGAAUAUGCAGUGUCAGAGGAAAAAGGAUUUUGGCUCGUUCAUCCAUCCUGGCUUAUGUGUAUUUAUAAAAGAAUGUUGGAAAGUGAAAAUAAAAUCCUCAUCAAAGAAGGUGUUAUACAUUUUUUUGAGCUCUAUGAAACAAAAGUUCUUCCAUUUUCACCAGAAUUUUCUGAGUUUAUUAUUGGACCAUUAAUGGAUGCACUUUCAGAGAGCACUUUGUAUAGCAGGUCCCCAGGCCAGCUGAUAGGAAGUGGUUCACCAUUGGGAUUGAAAUUACAGAAGUUUUUAGUCACUUACAUGUCUCAUCUUCCAGAAGAAACAAAGAAUAGUUUUCUGUUAAAGUUUAUUCAGAAAAUGGCAAGUAGACACUGGUGUGCUGUUCCCAUUUUGUUUCUAUCCAAGGCUUUGGCAAAUGUCCCAAAAUGUAAAGCUUUGGGAAUAGAAGGACUUCUUGCUCUCAGGGACGUUCUUCAGUGUACUAUGAUCACACAUCAGAUUCUAUUGAGAGGGGCAGCUCAGUGCUAUCUUCUUCAGGCAGCCAUGAAUUUAGUAGAUGUGGAGAAAGUGUCUUUUUCCGAUGUCUCAACUUUUCUCGUAUCUCUGAGACAAGAUGAAUCCUUAGGACGAGGAACUUUGUUGUGGACAGAGCUCUGUGACUGGCUACGUUUUAAUGAAAGCUCUUUUAGGCGAUCCUCAAAUUGUAGCUCCGUUGGACUUCAUGAGACAUCGUCUUUGAAUGCUUAUGUAAAGAACCUAGUUCAAGAGUAUAUUAAGUCAUCUGCUUGGGAAAGAGAAAACAGCUUUAUGCCUGAUUGGCUUGAAGCUAAGCUGGUUGCCAUGAUGGUCUUACUGGCUGUGGAUGUGGAAGAAAUGAAGACUCGAUGUAGUGAAAAACGGAAAAUACAGAAUGUAUUAAGGAUAUUCUUAGAUCCUCUUCUGGAUGCCCUUAUGAAGUUUAGUACAAAUGCCUACAUGCCCUUGCUGAAAACUGACAGAUGCCUCCAGUUGCUGUUGAAGUUACUGCAUACUUGCUUGUUGAGAGAUUCCAGUACCCAAGAUGAUGAAGUAUUUAAUCUUCUUCAGAACUUUGUCAUGUCUGCUACAGAGAGCAUUUCUGAAUUUCUUCUCAGAAGACUUACUAUGAAUGAACUAAGUAUGGUUUCAGAUCUGGAUCGUUGCCAUUUAUACCUAAUGGUAUUGACUGAGCUUAUAAAUCUCCAUCAGAAAGUUGGGUUAAAAAGAGGUAACCAUAUAUGGAAAGUGAUUUCUUCUUUGAAAAAUGCAUCUAUUCAACAUCUUCAAGAGAUGAACAGUGGGCAGGAACCAAAAAUUGGUAGGCAGAUUCAGAAAGUGGUUAGUAUGGGUGCUUUGGCCAUGGUGUGUAAGGCCAUUGAUCAGAAUCCAGAGCUGCAGCUUGAGUCACUGGAUGCUGGGCCUAUGGAGAGCUUCCUGUCCUCUUUCCAGCUCAACCAAGCCUUACAGAAGCCUCACACAGUGGAGCCAAGCAGCUUUUUUAAAGAAUCAUCAUCUUCCCAAGGAUGGGGGAAAAUAGUUGCACAGUAUAUCCAUGAUCAAUGGGUCUGCCUUUCUUUCCUACUGAAAAAAUACCAGGCCCUUAUACCAACCACAGAAUGUGAAAUUUUGGAACCCUUUCUACCUGCUAUUCAAAUGCCAAUAAGGACUUUGCAGUCUGCAUUAGAAGCCCUCACAAUUCUUCCUUCUAAUCAAGUUUUACCUGUAUUCCAGAGCAUGAAAAUUUUGGUCCCCAAGCUUCUAACUUCCUGUGAGUCACUAUGCAUGGAGUCUUUUGACAUGGCCUGGAAAAUCACAUCUUCUUUAAGCAACACUCAGCUUAUAUUCUGGUCUAAUUUAAAAGCGUUCGUUCAGUUUGUGUUUGAUAACCAAGUGCUUAGCAUUGCUGCAAAAAUCAAGGGCCAGGCAUAUUUCAAAAUAAAAGAGAUUAUGUACAAAAUAAUUGAAAUGUCUGCUGUAAAAACUGGAGUCUUCAAUACACUGAUAAAUUUUUGCUGCCAAUCAUGGAUUGUUUCUUUAUCAAAUAUUUCCCAAAGCUCUUUAUCAAGUGCUAAAAAUUAUAGUGAACUUGUCCUUGAAGCUUGUAUAUUUGGACCUGUGUUUCGACGUGAUCAGAGACUUAUUCAGGAUGUGCAGACCUUCAUAGAAAAUCUUGAACAUCAAUGUGCAGCAAACGUUGUUAUUGAAAAUACUAAAAGAGAGGACCAUUAUGUGAGAAUUACUGCUGUCAAAUUCCUGUGUUUACUAGAUGGUUCAAAUAUGUCUCAUAAGUUAUUUAUGGAAGACCUCGCAAUCAAGCUAUUGGAUAAAGAUGAAUUGGUGUCCAAGUCAAGAACUCGCUAUUAUGUAAAUUCUCUACAACACAGAGUGAAAAACCGAAUCUGGCAGACUCUGCUUGUACUUUUCCCUAGAUUUGAUCAGAAUUUCUUGAAUGGGAUUAUUGACAAGAUUUUCCAGGCUGGCUUCAUCAAUAAUCAAGCAUCUAUAAAAUAUUCUAUAGAAUGGCUUAUUAUAUUGGCUCUUCAUAAAUUCCCUCAAUUUCUUCCAAAGUUCUGGGAUUGUUUUUCUUAUAGUGAAGAAAAAUUUAAAACGAGCAUUUGUACAUUUUUAUCAGUUUUGUCACACUUGGACAUCAUUAUGCAAAAUAUUCCAGAUAAGAAACGAAUUCUGAAGCAAGCCCUUGUUGUUGUUCUGCAGUGGUGUUUCAAUCACAAUUUCAGUAUUCGACUUUAUGCUUUACUUGCUCUUAAGAAGAUCUGGGGCAUGUAUAAAACAUUUCACGUAGAAGAAUUUGAUGCUUUGAGUUCUGUGAUUGAGUCCAGUCUUAACCAAGUGGAAAACAUGCAUGGAGCUGGGAAUGCCAAGAAGAAUUGGCAGCGUAUUCAAGAGCAUUUCUUUUUUGCAACAUUUCACCCACUUAAGGAUUAUUGUUUGGAGACCAUAUUUUACAUCCUUCCACGGCUUUCAGGUCUUAUUGAAGAUGAAUGGAUUGCCAUUGAUAAAUUUACCAGAUUCGCUGAUAUUCCUUUAGAUGCGGGAUUCCAGGGGUACUUCUCUCAAACUGAACUUUGUGAAUUAAAACCAGGUGACUGGAAUCAGCAGGAUAUAGAUUCUAACUCAAAUGAAGCAGAUAACCAGUCAGAGUGGACAAAUGUUCAGAAGAAGAUUAUCCCAUGGAAAAAUAAUGUUCCCGAUUUAGAGUUUCAGGAUCGUGCUGCCAAGCUGGGAAAGUCAAUUGGCAGACUGAUUGUAGUGGGUUCACUCAUUGAUAAACCAACUAAUUUAGGAGGACUAUGCCGAACCUGUGAGAUAUUUGGAGCCUCGGUACUUGUGGUUGGCAAUCUUCAUUGUACCAAUGAUAAACAGUUUCAGCACCUCAGUGUUUCAGCAGAAGAAUGGCUUCCUUUAGUGGAGGUGAAACCACCCCAGCUAAUGGAUUAUCUACAGAAGAAAAAAGCAGAAGGCUAUACCAUCAUUGGUGUGGAACAAACUGCCAAAAGUUUAGACCUAACUGAGUACUGCUUUCCUGAGAAAUCUCUCCUCUUGUUGGGAAAUGAACAUGAAGGAAUUCCAGCAAAUCUGAUCCAGCAGUUGGAUGUUUGUGUAGAAAUUCCUCAACGGGGCAUCAUCCGCUCACUUAAUGUCCAUGUGAGUGGAGCUCUACUGAUCUGGGAAUACACAAGACAGCAGAUGCUCAAGGACUGAGAUGAAAGUUCAUGCCAUAUUGGUGAUGAAAUUUUCGUGCUGCUGUUGGACUUUUCUUUUUGUUGCUUUUCCUUCAAACUAUUUGGAAUAAUGAAAUAAUUUUUAUCUUUUUUUCUUACAAUUUAAUGCCAA